CCUUCCUCUCAUCUUCCCUUCCUUCCUUCCUUCCUCUCCCUCCUUGGCCGUGCUGCUCCUCUGCUUGGCCGCCUCUAUGUAUCGGCCCACAGCGGCGCACUGAGACGCGUCUAAUCCUCUUUUGAUGAACUUGGUUAAUAGACCUCCUGCAGUGGUCUUCUGGCUCUGUUCAUUAGGCAGCACACGACCCUGUCCACGCCCCCGGGAGCACGCACUGCGCGUUCUCGCGGCUCCCAUCUCCAUAAAUUCACCCAUCAAAAGUGAAGAAAAGUUGAACGCGUGUUACUUUGUUGGAAGUUCUCCGUGAACUCACCGUCUUUGGUCUUUUGGUACAAUCUUAUAAAGUGAUGGCACCGAGUAAAAGCCUCUUCAUCUCUGUGGAGCCGGAGGGAGGAGUCGGCCCCGAGCUUCCUGCGGCUCUCCACGCCGACAUCCAGGCUCUGCUACAACGGAGCCGCGCGCAGGAGCGCCCGGGGGCCGAGCGCGCCAGACGCGUCUGCGACCACCGGGACACUCCGUGCGCCAUCGUGGAGCUCCGGCUGGGGCCCGGCGGCGGCGGCGGAGCGCUGCACUACCUUCAGCCGGACAAGUGCGCUUUGGAGCGCGCGCAGAGACGCAGACGCCUCGCUGCCAACGCCCGGGAGAGGAGGAGGAUGCUGGGGCUCAACGUCGCCUUCGACCGGCUGCGGAGCGUCAUCCCGAACCUGGAGAGCGACAAGAAGCUCUCCAAAUCGGAGACGCUCCAAAUGGCGCAGAUUUACAUCGCCACCCUCAGCGAGCUGCUCGAGGAGGGAUCCUCGGUACCGAGCCGCGCGCCACGGCCCCCCGGGGGGGCCGCUCAGCCCUCACAGGGUACCACACAUGUGGCGGGGGAGCGACCGGCUCCAGCCAGGGACUUUCACACCGGGAAGAGCAGCGCAGGCCCGGCGCGCACAGAGGAGAGAACCAACGGGACGAAAUGACAUUUAAAAACUAAAUGAAUAUUUUAAAAAAUGACUGUUUCCCCCAGUGUAUUGCAAGCCUGGUGGCCCACAGGGCCUAA